ACGCCAUUGGAAGAGCGCUCGAAAUAGCGGUUUGACACUGAAUGCACGCUACAUCUAUUGCUAUAUUCCAAGCGAUUCACUGUAUUCCAUCAUACUCGCGAAGGGGAAGCACGUAUUUAUUUCGUAUUUAAUACGAAUUUCGAUUUAUAUAAUAAUAACGCUCUCUGGCUAUUAUUUAACUUUCUCAUUGUUAUCUUUAAUAUUUAUCCAUCAUAUCUGAUAUCGUAUCGGUGAAUCCGUACUACUACGUAUCGAUGCAUUUUUAAUAUGGUCUUCAAUUAAAAGAAAUCAGUUAGAUAAAUUGAUCUGACGUUUGCCGCACUUUUCAAAGCCAGACGCGUUAAUAUUUUAAAAGAAGUGCUAGUGCGCAUUUAUGAAGUUCCCGUUUAUGAUAGCCGGAUCUAUGCUACGUAAUCUUUUGAAACAAUUCGUGUAUUGAUGGUGUAAUGAGUUUGACAUAUAAUUGUGUUUUCUAACAAAGCGGAGAUCUGGAUUUACUUUUAGGCGAUGUGGAGCAACGUAACGUUGUCGAGCAUGCUUGUUUAACGCAUUUCGACACGAUUGACGAAUUGAUGAAACGAUGACUUUUCAUACGGACUGACCAUUAGGAUUCCUGUUUACACGUGCUUUAAUUUCUAUCGCAGCUGUUGUACGCUAUUAUCAUGACGGGUGUCGUUCCGCUCACCGAUAAACAACUCCACCAGCUGAGUAUCUCUAUAGGGAAAGCUGUAAACCCUACAGAAACACCCGUAAAAGAGAAACAUGUGCGAAGCGCGAUUAUAGGUACACAUCAAGAGAAGGGUGGAGCGAUAUUUUGGACGUAUAUGUUACGGCAACCACUGCAAGAGAAUCAGAUCGUCGCUUGGAAAUUUUGUCAUGUGUUGCACAAGAUACUACGAGAGGGUCACGAGAAAGUGAUUCCAGAUUCCCAACGGUAUCGCAAAAGAUUGGAAGAUCUCGGGAAAUUAUGGCAACACUUGCGGGAAGGAUAUGGCCCAUUAAUUCAAUUGUACAUAAGAUUGCUGAUUACCAAGUUAGAUUUUCACAAACGAAACCCACGCAUACCCGGAAAUCUUCAAGUAACACCGGAGGAACUUGAAUCUAUAGGGGAGAACGAUAUUAAUGUCUAUUUCCAAAUGUCGGUUGAAAUGUUCGAUUACAUGGAUGACAUUUUGAAUUUACAACGUGCAGUUACCACUUCUUUGAAGAACACACCCUCCAACUCGAUGACUGUAAGUGGACAGUGUCGGCUGGCUCCACUAAUCCCCUGCGUUUUAGAUGCAUCGCAGCUUUACGAUUAUUGUGUAAAAAUAUUAUUUAAACUUCAUGGUGCUCUGCCUGCGGAUACUUUAGCCGGCCAUCGCGAUAGAUUUUCUAAACAAUUUCAAGAACUAAAGAAAUUUUACAAUACUGUUAAACAAAGACAGUAUUUUAAGCAUCUUAUAACGAUACCUGCGUUACCUGAGAAUCCACCAAACUUUUUAAUACAAUCUGAGUUUCGAGCUUAUGUUACACCGAUAGUAGUAUUACCACCAGAAGAAUCUUUGGAUUCUGACACCGUAGUUGAUCUCAUUGAUACUUCCGAUACAAGUUCCUUACCAGGUGAUCAACUAGAUUCCACGCGAAAUGGUUCGAUUUCACCCGAUGCAAUAGCAGAAAGAGAAAGUCUCAUCGAUCAUUUGCAACAGGAAAUUAAUCGACAAAGACAAGAAUUACAUCGUGUAUUGACUGAUCAUCAACGUAUCGUGGGGGAUCUUCAAAUUCGUGUUACUCAGUUGGAAUCUGAUUUGCUUCUUAAAGGUAAUGAAAUUGAACAGGAAAAGCAAGUUAAUCAAGACUUUGUCAAGCAGAAAGCAGAUAUGAUGGUGAAAGUUCAUGAAAGCGAAGAAAAAUACAAAGUCUUACAAGAGAAAUUUCAAAAAUUGAAAGAUGCAUAUUCAAAGUUCAGAGACGAACAUAUCAAUUUAAUUAGAAAGAAAGCUGAAGUGGAUAAGCAGUUAGGAACGUUAAAAAUGUCGCAACAACAAGCUGAACGACGAACGUUUGAAGCAGAACGUCGUCUUGAAGAAUUAAUACAAGGCCAAGCAAUAACAGAGCAAGAAGCACGAAAAGCCGUUGAAGCACAGCAUGAUUUGGAUGAUGUAAAACAACAACUGAAUGACGCGAAAACUGAAAACUUGGCUUUGAUUGCCAAAAAUGAUUUUAUAACUUCUGAAAAAACGGCUUUAGAAGGGGAUCUACAUGAUCUAUUAGCACAGAAAGAAGAAUUAGAUCUAAAAAUCGAAAAGUUGGAAGUUGAAGCCGAACGAUGCCGCAAUGAAAUGAAUACGUAUACACAUACUAUGUUGCAUGAAUUAUUGCUAAAUUGUAUUUCUGAAGCAGAAGAUAUUAUGCAAUACUCAUUAAGUGCUAUUGAUAAUCCAGCAAUGUCGGAUUUAACUUGCACUUCUCAAUAUCUUGAAAAAUUAGAAGACCCUAUUCUAAAAUCGUUAGAUACUUUAGAUGCAGCAUAUACCGGUUAUGUAUGUGAUACAACGAAUGGAAAAGUACUCAUUAAAAGUGCAAUACAUGUUGCAUAUAUUUUGGGGCUUUAUAUUAUUCACGCCAAAUCUACGUCCAAUACUACAUCUAAUAUUGCAUUGGGCGACAAAUUGACUGACGAGUGUAAACAGUUAGGAUUACAAUCAUUGACUAUGUUUAAUCAUAUAAGAGAAAAAUCACCUGUGACUGUGGGUCAAAUCAACGAAGUAAAACAGCAAUUUAAGAAAGUGUGUGAUCUUGCCGCUACAUUGUCUAAUGGACAAGGCACUGUUGAAGUUAUUGGGAAUUUAGUAGAAAUGGAAUUAUUAAGUAUGGAUAAAGCAAUAGAAGAAGCUGCAAAUAGAAUACAAGAUAUGAUAGAGAAAUCUCGUGCAGCAGAUUCGGGAUUAAAAUUAGAAGUGAAUGGAAAAAUUCUGGAUUCUUGUACAGAGUUAAUGAAAUGUAUAAGAAUGCUAGUUAAAAAAUCACGACUGUUGCAAGCAGAAAUUGUAGAACAAGGGAAGGGCACUGCCUCUGCAACAGAAUUUUAUAAACGUAAUCAUCAAUGGUCCGAAGGACUUAUAUCUGCAGCUAAAGCAGUAGCAAUGGGUGCUAAUCUCCUGCUAGAAGCUGCAGAUAAGGUUGUUGCUGGCAAUGGUAAAUUUGAACAACUAGUGGUUGCAUCCCAGGGAAUAGCUGCAUCUACAGCGCAGUUGGUAGUUGCAAGUAGAGUAAAAGCCAAUAGAAAUAGCUCUAACUUAGCUGCACUUUCUGAAGCAUCAAGGGAUGUAACACAAGCAACAGGAAGUGUUGUUGCAACUGCUAAAAAUUGUAGUCAACUUGUUGAAGAAAAUGAUGACUUAGAUAUUUCUGGACUAACUUUACAUCAAGCCAAACGAUUAGAAAUGGAAGCACAAGUACAUGUACUGGAAUUAGAGCAAGCUCUGGAGACUGAAAGAUUACGCUUAGCUGCUUUACGUCGCUAUCAUUAUCAACUUGAAGGCGAGAAAGAAUAAUCAAUUUUUGCUAACGUCUAUAUGAGAUUCAUGUUGAUAACAGAAUUUCUCAUAGGCACUAAACAGUAUUGAACAAAAUGUUUAUAAAUGGAAAGUAAAUAAUUAAAUUCCAUUAUAAAAUAAUAUAUUGCAAAAAGGAAAUCUAUUUGGAUUGUCCGAAUUAUUGUAAUAUUUGCAUGUUUAAUGUUUAAUAAAUACAAUUUUAUUUCUUUUUAA